GUACUAUUCUAAAGGCUUAUCGAUCUUGCAAACGCUCGCACGGUAAAGCACUGGCUUGGCCGGUUUCCAAACAUGAUCGGCUAGCUCAAUACAACAAGCCUUCAGCACCAAAUAAAAGUAUGUUUUAUAGUAUAAUAGCAAUGAUGCUGACGCUUAUCCCUAAUGCUUUAAAUCUAACGCUGUGCGGCUGACUGUGCGGCUACGUUCGCUGCUGGACAAGCCAUAGGCAUGUAGUGUUAUCUCUUGCUGUGCAACUUAGUAUCAAAAGCCACUUGAGGGGAGCCCGUUGCUGUCUAAUGAACGGGCGAAGCUGGCGCAUUAUGGCGAAACUCUUUCGGAGAAGCCCAGAAUGACCGCGUACCAAGUAGUGGUAUAGUUUCCGCAAAUAAUAUGGGCCGUUGACAGGCUGCUAGGCCGCAGCCCGGCCAUGCCAACAAGUUCGGCGGUACCGGGCUGUUGGCUGUUAUGGCUGUUCGCAGCCAUACAGCUGUGUUACGUCACCCAGGGCAACACGGAUGCAUUCGAUACGUGUGAGCUUCGACACUUGGAGGGCGCUGUCAGGCUGUGCCCACCCGUGGGCGGGGCCCCAUCCAGCGCUCUCGGGCGCGUGAGCCCUGGCGACGCCUUCGCCUGGUCCGCCUCCAUCAUGGCGCUGGCAGCGUGCGAGGCAGGGGUGGACCUGUCGGCUCCGGAUUCGCCAGUGGCCGCGAGUGGCACGACCAUCAUGCCAUCCUCGCUAGGGCUUUUGCGCUCGUUCAGCAACGAGUUCGGGAAUGCCACUGGGCUCCGGUUCAACCUAACCUUGAUGGAAACCGAUGUGUAUUUCACCAACCGUUACCGCAUCGGCAACACCGUGCCAACUGCAAAUGACUCGGGGCCGCACGACUUCUGGAUGGUCUCAGCCGAGGUCUUCGGAAUGCCAGAGCUCAACGACGCUUUCCUGGACACCACGCUGCUGCUGGCUAACAACAAGGACUUUCAGUUGACCGACAUCCCUCACUCCUUCAGGUCUGCCAUGUCUGGAGCAGCCCUGGGGUCUUACUCAUCCAUCCCCGCCGCUUGGGCGGUUCAGAAUUUCUACUACCAGCCCCGCCUGUUCGAGCAGCACAACAUUACCGUGCCGCAAACGUGGGAGGAGGUCAUUGAGGUUGCGGAGAAGUACGGCGGUCAGGACCUGAACCAGGACGGGCAACGCGAGAUUGGGAUCUGCAUGGACAUUUCACCACGAUGUGGCAUUUUCAUGAAUUCGCUGCUGGUGAUGCUGGCGACCAUGAUCCAAGCCCAUGGGCCGACUGACGGCGUUGUGUUUGAUCCAGACACCCUGGAGCUGCUGGCAGUUGGCGAGCCGCUGCGUGAGGCCCUGCGGCUGUUCGCGCGGCUGCAGGCGGUCUCGAUACCGCCCGACAUGCCUUGUCACGCAUUCUACACGCAACUGCACGCCACGGGUCGCUGCCUCAUGACCAUAGGCUUUCCCGCGGCGUUCAAGCUCGCCAGCCACCAGCGGUUCCCGGGCCCGCUGCAAGGCAACCUGCGCACCAUGCCUGUGCCCGGAUCGGCGCGCGUCCUGGACCGGGGCUCAGGCCGCCUGGUGCCGUGCACAGUUGAGCGCUGCCCCUACGCCACCCGAGUGGUGCAGCCCGGCACCGGCGAGGAGGUUUACGUCAACAAGGUCAACUGGGUUGGCACAGCUUCAUUUGCAAUAAACAGGCACAAGCCGCUGUACCGCCAGGCGGCGGCGCUGCGGAUGUUGUCGUACAUAUUCAGCCCCGCCGGCAGCAAAACCAUUGUGCUGUCUCCAACAAUUGAGGCUGGUAUCCUGCGCUACUCCCAGCUGGAUCUGAAUGACUGGCUGGCGGCUGGUUACGAGCGGGCCAACACCGAGUCGUACCUGGCAGAGACCGUCAAGGUGCUCGACUUUCCAAACAUCCUGCUGGAGCUUCGUUUCCCGGGCGUCUUCGACAUCCAGGACCGCAUGACGGAGCUGAUCCGUUCCGUGGUGUGGGGCAACGCCAGCAUAGAGGUCGCGGAGGCCAAAUGGGUGGCCGACAUGCGGGCAAUCGUGGAGGCACGUGGCGGCGUGAAGGGCCUGAGGCCCGCCUACCGCCGGUCUCUGGGCAUCACGGCAGUCAACCCUAAACUUGUCGAGAUUGACGAUCAGACUUCGAGCGUUGUCGGCAGCAGUAACUCAGAAACUGACGUCGGCAAGGUUGUGAUGGCGGUGGUGGUGCCGGUGGUGGCGGUCCUGCUGCUGGCGCUCCUAGCCGCCCUGCUGUUUGUGCGCCGCUCGCGGCGGCGGCAGCAGGAGAAGCGAGUCGUAACUAGCGCCCCCGGUGCAGGCUGGGUGGUGCUGUGCGUCACUGACAUUGAGAACAGCACCACACUGUGGGAGACGCUGCCUGCCGACGUGUGUCAGUCCGCCAUCCAGCUGCAUCACAGCACCAUCAGGCGCGCGGCGGACACAUUUCACGGCUACGAGAGCGCCACGGAGGGUGACUCAUUCAUCCUUGCCUUCGCCAGCGCCACCGACUGUGCACGCUUCUGCCUGCAUGUGCAAGAGGCGCUUGGCAGCCAAGAGACGCCCUGGCCUGCAGAGCUGCUGGCGAGCCCACUGGCGGGCGUUGUGACGUUGCAGCCGCCGCAGCUGAGCUCAGCGCAGCAGCAGGCGCUCCGGGGCAUGUGCGGACCCACCAUACUGGCGUCGCUGCUGCGCCCAGUAACCCUGGGCGGCGGCGGUGGUAACGUGGCGGCAGCAGCUGCGGGAGCGGGCAGCGGCGCGGGCGAAAACUGGCAGCCCAUGACCCGGCCAGUGACGGAGGCGGGUGUGAUUGGCACUUCGCCACCGCAGGCAAAAGGCUCCGUAUUAGGCACGGCGGCGUCUGCAGCUGCAGGCAACGCGGCUCACAUGCUUGGCAUGGCCUUCGAGUCUAGUGACGUCGCGAGCAGCACCGCAGCACCAGCCAUGGCGUACGAAGCAGCAUGCGCGGCCGGCGCCGAUGCUCCGGCGGGCGCCACGGAGCGCAGCGAGGGCCUGGCCUUCCAGCACCCCGCAGCGGCGCGGGGCUCGAUGUUGCAACCUCGGUCUCUAAUCAACAUUCCGCAGCUGCCUGCUGCACACGCCAGCGGCGAGCUGGGAGGCACCCGCGUCAGCCGCCGCCGGCACAGUGUUGACGUGGGCGGUGCGACUGGGCCUGGCCCGUUGUCGUCGAUCCGGCUACUGCAGGCACCGCCGCCAGCCAUGACAGGUGGCAUGGAGGGCAUGAUCGUGGGCGUGGUGAACGCGGAUGCCAGUGGCGGUCGGGCAGGGACCGGCGAGUCAGAGCUGUGGGAGCUCCCGCCGCGAGACUGCACCGUGAUUGACACCGGCGCUGCACACGCCGUGGCUUGGCCGAUGUCGGCCGAGGUAGAAGGCGUCGGCGGACAGCGCCGCGUGUCCCUGGCGGUGGAGCAAGUGGCUCAGAGUUGCACGUGGGAAAUGGACGGGCUUGAGUCUGGGGCCUUACCAAUGCUGUCAAUUGCGGUAAUGCCUGGACCUGCAGCAGCGGCAGCAGCCGUGGCGGGGCCGGGGAUGACCAACGGCGGUGCAGCUGCGUGUGCUGGUAGUAGCGGUGACGGCAUCUCGUGCACACCGCUGGAAACCCUCCUGCGAGACCUCCUGGGUGUGGUGGAGGCGCCGUCAGUCAGCGCCGCCGGGCCGCCGGCAGCUGGUGUAGAUGGCGGCCGCAGCGCCCCAGAUUCAGCAGCACGCCAGGCCGCCGAUGCCGCCUUGGCGAAUGGUGGCCAAUGCGUUUUCAGGGGCCUGCGUGUGCGCAUCGGCUUCCACGGCGGCCAUUUCACGGAGUCGGAGGUCAGCUUCAACCGGGCCUCGCAGCGCACCGUGUACAGCGGGGCAAUCGCCAGGGCCGCCAAGGCCGUGGGGGACGUGGGGCGCGGAGGCCAGGUGAUGGCCUCCGCGCACACGCUGGCCGCCGUGAGCCCCUCGCUCCUGCGCUCCGACGCGCUGCUGGUGCUGCACGCCGGUCGGCACGUGAUCAAGGAGUGGGAUGUCGCCGACACGGAGCUGUACAGCCUGUACAGCAGGGCGCAGGCAGCACGGGCGGCGGUGGUGGAGCCGCCCAGGUCACACCGGGUCAAGGUGCCCGGCGCGCUUGCGGCGCCGCUGGGGCGAGUGGCGGUGGCGCUGUUGCAAGUGGGCGACAACGUGACCUCGGGCGGGCUGGAGGCGGCUGCGCGGCUAUUCAGCCUUGCACGGACGUGGGCGCAGGAGCGCGCGGCGGAGCUCGGCGGAUACGUGCUGCUCACAAGCCCCGGCACCCUCCAAGCGACCUUCAUAACGCCCGUGAAGUCAAUUCAGUGGAUGCUGGACGUCCAGGACCUUGUUGCGGGCUGGAACAACACGGAUGGGACCAACACAGCUCCUCCUACCUCCACCAUUGAGCAUCAAAUGGAUGAUGCUGGGCGAUUGUUGGACGCCGCGUCCGCCACCGGCGAGGAGCUCCAGCUGUCAGCACGUGGCGGCGCAGACAUUGGCUCCCUGCAGGCGUCGCUCACGGCCGACGGCUGGGUGACGUACAGCGGCGGUGCCUGCAAGCGCGUGGCGUGCAUGACGGCGCGGGCGGCCUGGGGCGCCGCUCUCGUGAGCGUGGAGAUGGCCCGCCAGGUGCUGGGCCCGGGGCACCCACAACUGGAGUCCAUUGAGGAGGCCUGCAUUGCGGCGGGAGUUGGUGCCGGUGCCGGUGACGCUGGUGGGUGGCGCACAUCAGCGACGGACGUACCGGCCACGCCAAGGCUUUUCGAGAAACCCACCGGUGGCGUGAGUGGGCGCCUGAGCAUGCUGCCGAUAGGCCUGCCACGGACUGCACAGGCUGCUCGCUCCCUCCUUUUCGGUGGCGGUAGCAGUGGUUCCACAGCGCUGGGCCCAGCUGGCAGGCGCCAUGGCGCUUUCAGCCCUAGCUUUGCGAGCAUGGGCAUGGCUGGAUCCGCCAAGUCGACCUCACAGCAGCACCGAAGCAACAGCGGCAGCCAGCACUCCUUCCUGGCGCCGGGGCUGGCGCCUCCCGCAGAGCAGCAGCAGCGCGUCCUUGUCCGCAAGUCCAAGUCCCGGCGGCGCAGCAUUGCCACCUGGCUCAGCCCAGCCUCCAUUGGGUCGGGGCUCUCCUCUGUGUCCACGGCCCCUGUGCGCGCGCUGCCAUCUCCUGCCUUCAGCCAGGGCGCUGCCUCCUACCGCAAGCCAGUGGGCGCCGCUGGGGCCGGCGGCAGCCAGCAACCGAGCCUCCCGAGCGGGCCACGCGCCAGGUCGGGCUUCGACUCUAGGACGCCGCUCAGCAUGAUGACUGCCGGCGGGCCGCUGAUGCAGCAUACGGCUCCACUCAGCUUUGCCCGGCAGCCUGGAAGUGCCAAGGUGCUCUCCACGGCGGUGCAGCAGAUGCAGGAGUUAGAAGAGGCAAUGGCUGCUGCAGCAGGCUGCGCCGCAACGGGGGUCAUUGGGCGAGGGCGCGACAGGGCGCGCAGGCCAGCAGCAGAGGCGGAGGGUGGAGCGCAGGUUACAGAGCUGGACCCGCUUGCGGCGUUGCAGCAAAUGCUGGGCAUGGAGGAAGACGAGGCCGCGGUGGCUGGCGAAGAUGCUGCUGCUGCUGCCGCUGCCGCUGCCGCUGCCGCUGCCGCUAACGGCGAGGGUGGGGUUGCAGCGGCGGGUGGCUCGCAGCCGCCCGUGCCUCCUGACCCUGCAAUGGCCCGCAAGGGCGCCGGGGGCGGGCCUCGGCCACCCUCGAGGAUGCCCGGCGGUCGGGGCACUGCAGCGGCGUGCGUGUCGCUAAGCAGCGCCGAUGACAGCGAGCCGGCCGCAGUCCCUCACACUCACAGGCGGGCGCCGGCGACACACGCCCACUCCCCCUCGGCGCCUCGGUCGGUUGGCCUUCAGCCGCUCCCUGAUGACCAGGGUUUCACCUUGGGUUGCCCGUUGGACCGGGAGCGGGGCAGUGCAGCUGCAGACAUGCGCUGCAUGGCGCCCAUGUGGCGUGGUGGGGCAGCAGACGUAGCGGCGGGUGCCUCGUCAGCAGUGACGGCCCCGCCCAGCAGCUUGGCGGCAGCAAGGGCAUCUGCGGGCAGCAGGCUCCUGAGUGCGGUGGUCGGGGGAUCCGGAGGCGGUGCUGCCACGUUUGGCCGCGGCAGUGCCGGCCAGUCAUCAGGGCCCGCGGCCAUGCGUAUCGCAGGUCGACGGGGCCCCAUGCCGCUAUCGCCCUCGGCGGGGCCGGGGCCGGGGCCGGGGCUGGGGCCGGGCCAGCACAUCCGGGCCCUCCAGCAGGCGCAGUAUGGGGCGGUGGCCGGCGGUGAGGCGGGCGGUGCCGGUCAUGGCGGCGGCAGCCUCCACAGCGAUGUGGGUUGGGCGGGCAGUGGCCUGCAGCUGCUGGGAGUCCUCAGGUCGGAGGUCUCCCCGGGCGGGAGUGCGGGCGGGGGCGCAGGGCAGUGGACGCCUGAUGAGGUGCAGUGGUACGGACCUGUCGGGACGGCGGGCGGCUGCGGGGGCGGCACGAACGGCAGCUGCGUUUCGCCCUUCGCGGCCAUCAGCACGGCUCACGCUGAGAGCACAACGUACUCAUACUCGCAGCUAGCAGACCUGCCGGAGCAUCGGGCGGUCAACAUCUCACACCUCACGCCCUCAAAUUCAGCCUUCAUCUCGCCGUCGGGCUCCUUGCACGCAGCGCUAGGGGCACGCCGCUACAGCGCUCUAGCCACUCUGGGUGGGAACAGCCUGGGCAUAGCCGGCCGCGGCGGCAGCGGUGGCGGCGCUGGCCGCGUGCUCACAGACUUGCUGCCAACAGGAAACAGUGCCAGCGGCGUGGCGAGCCUGGGACGGGUUGGGAGCGGUGACAGCGGCUCUGUGCGCCUGCCAAGCGGCAACAUUGCAGGGCCCCCUAUGUCCUUGGACCAAAGCGCUGCGGCUGACGUUACAGCGGCGCCCUCUGGACCGCCGCCGCCGCCGCCGCCGCCACAGGAGCAGCAGCAGCAGCCGUCGCAGUGCCAGGUGGCGCGGGCGCUGCUGGGGCGCUGGGGCUCGUCGCGCCUCAAGAGCAGUGCCGUUCUGGGCAGUGCCAACUGCUCCGGACCCGGGCCCGGUCUCGGGCCCGGGCCCGGCACUUGGGCGCUUGCAGGUGGCUCCCUUGGUGGUGCAGGCGGUAGUGACGCCGCCAGCGCCAGUGCCAGUGCUGGGCCCAUCCGCAUUCCUGGUGUGUCGGGUCUGCGCAGCGGCAGCGCAGCCUCCGCCGGCCCGAGCUACAGCCACAGCUACAGCCCUACGCCCAUGGCAGCUGCAGUGGGCUCGAUCUUGAUGCCAUCAGCACCCGCGUCGGAGGAUGCCGCAGCAGCAGGCGGCUCGGGGACUGCACCUGCAGCCAGGGCCGCGGCAAGGUCCCCGCCUGCUGCCGGCAACGUCACACCGCAGCCCCCGCAGCCGCCUGAGGCGCCGGCAGCCACCGCGGGCCUUGCAGACGCGCGACAAAGCACGACUGCGGUGAGAGCAAUGGAUUGCACGUUCAGCAGCGGGCCUGCAGCCAGCAUCAGCAGAGACGCCGGUAGCGGCAGGGUGCUUGCAGGCGCAAGCCUCCGCCGCCUCAUGGCCGGGCCCGGCUCCGCUGCUACUGCUUCGGUCACCGCCAACACCUCCGCUUCCACCCGGACCCACAGCGGCUCUGUGCUGAGCGGCGUGGGCGUGGGCGUCAGUGGCGACAGCAGCAGCCCGCGCGGCAUCCUGCUGGCUGUGCACGGCGAUGCCGCCGGCGCGCGCAGCCCCGCAUUCAUGCGCACCAGCAAGCGGGUGGGCUGGGCGGACGGCAUGCAGCAGGAGCCGCAGCCGCAGCAGGGGCAGGGGCAGGCGCUGCUGGCGGACGCGGAGACUCUCCCUGCGCUACUGCCAGCGGGCGCAGGCGGCAGCACUGCAGCGGCGGCAGCCAGGGACGCAGCAGCGGCCGCAGGGGUGGGCACAGUGUCGAUGUCCCCACAGGCAUCUUGGGACGCCGCGGCGGGGUCGAACCAGCGAGCUCUGUCCACGUUUCCGAGUGUGGUUCGUGCUGCUGCUGCUGCAGCUGCUGCUGGAACCUUUGAGGAGGACGCAGCUGGUGAUGACAGCGCGGACGCCGGCGGUAGCGCGGUGAAUAGCGCCGGGCUGGCGCAGCUGCUUGACGCCACUGCAACAGCUGCGGCGGGCGGCUGCGGCGCCGGCGGCGGCGGCUUCCGGGCUGGGCGGCUCGCAGGCACGGCCACCACGCAGCUCAUCCUGGGCCAAGGCGACGACGAGGACGCGGACGAGGACGCGGUAGAUGGAGGCGCCUACCACGACGGGGGCAGUUUUGCUGAUGAGUCGGUCACUGCGUCGGGUGCAGUGCUGCCGUACCACACGAUCCUGGAGGGAGAGGAGGGCCAGCCGGCUGUCGAGCCGGUCACAGGCGGCUUGGAGGCUGGCCAAGGGCCGCAGACAUUGGCUGCCCUGGCGGUGGUCAUGUUGCACGGCAGCGACCCAGCCACUGCUGCUGCCCCAGCCACUGCUGGGGGCCCCAACCAACCGCCCAACCAGCCAUACGCCAGCAGCGCCGACGCCAGCCGCUCUGGACGCAGGCCUGCUGCGCCCGAGGCGCGUACAGGUGCGGCCGGCGGCAGCGACCGGGCACAGGCACCCAGUAGCGCCGUGCCACGGGAGGCGGCGGGCGCCUGUGCGCCGCCGACGUUUCAGACGGUGCAGCUGAUGUCAGGCCUGGCGUGCGCGGCCCAGGAGGCGCGGCCGCAGGCGGCAGGCAACACGCGGUUGUCCACUGAGCCGACGGCGUCGGUGCUGUUUGAGCCGCCGCUGGUGAGGUCCCGCUUCGGAGCGUGGGGGCAUCAGCGCCUGGGGUCACAGCAGCAGGAGGUGCAGCAGCAGCAGCAGCAGCAGGCUGGGCCGGGGGGCCAGCGGUCCAGGACUGCGUCGGUCGUGAUGCGCGGCGGAGCACCCGAUGCGCGCCCGAUGCCCGUGUUCACAUUUGCGGGGGUCAUCAAGGUCAAGGGAAGCCGCAUUCCCGUGUGCUGGGUGGCCUUUGCGGGCGCUGCCGCAUUGGAGCCGCCGUAGAUGAAAGCGUGUGGCCGCAGCUGGCCCCCAUCACGCCAUUCUGUGCAUACUAGAUUGUAGCAUUGACACUGCUCCAACACGAUUAUACAUUGUCGAAUAAAGCAAGCGCGUGCUCUUCUGCUACUGUGUAAUGCCAUGAGGUCUUGUUGUGUUCGUUGGGCAUGAUCGGAUAUCAGGACGAAUACUACAAUGUAUGGUUGUUGGUUGGGCGUGGUUCUGUGGUGACAAACAAUUCGGUUGAGGACGUUCUACGGCAUACAAUGCGCUCACAACCACGCUGCAGAUGUGGGAGAUCAGUGCCCAAGCUGUAGGCAGCCUGUAUCGCGUCCCUACAAGGGUUGUAGGAGCGUGUAAGAGUUUGUCAUGCAUUUCCCAUCAUGAGGCAUCAUGCUGCUUGCCUAAGACUCAUUGAGCGGAUGUUGCAUCAGAAAGCAUAUCAUUGAUCAAUGCUCAAUAUAAUCGCUGCAUCGCCAGCCAGGAUGGAUUUUGUUACAUUUGGGUGAAUGGAUGCAUGGUUGUAGGUAAGCCAUAACAAAAGCGCUGAGGACAUGCACGAGCGCAACACCUGCAACCCCCAUGCAGUCCAGUGAAUGCCAAUACGGUAUGGGGACUCAAGGCCUACCGUCAUGCAAUAUUGUUACCAC